GAUGGGGCAGUGCACUAAGAAUAACUCUGCGGUAGAACGGCAACUUGGCUUAAACAUUUGAACAACUUUAUGAGGCUACCAAACAAGAAACAAGAGUGAACGAAUGAAUAAACGUCUUCACAAAUAUUAAAAAGUUUUUAUUUUAUUUGCACUGACCGCUUCAAACCCCCGCGAGUCCAUGAUUGAGAUCCUUUCGAUAUUUGCGUAGCGCAACGAGCGCAUCUAAAAGAAACAAGUCCAAAGAAAAAAAGACACGGAAAAGAAGGUGUCGUCGUAAUCGUACUCCAUUACGAUAUAAAAAUUCCUGACACAGCAAACCCCCCCUCACAAUCAUGCGCUUCUCACCCGAAUCACGGCCAGCACGCUUGGCAAUAUGCUACCUCCUCUCUCUCUCCUCCGUUUCCCUGGCUUCCGCUGCCGACGCCGAUAAGACGACCACAUCCACGGCAUGUACGGCAUCUUCGACAUCGGGCGCUUUCUUCGACCUUCGGCAGGACAUAGCUCUGAAGCUAAACCCGGACGGAUCGAAACCAGCGCACAGCAACGGAGCUCCGAUAGUAGACUACAAGGCCAAGGGGUAUGACUACGGGGCUAACUUCACACUGAACAUCUGCGCGGCCGUAGUCGAGCCCGUCGACGGCGUCAUCGGCGUCGACUCCGGCAAAUGGCAGAACGUCAGCGCCUACUAUACUUCUAAGGGCGACGUGUACAGUCUAGGUUCGCAGUCCAGCACGCUGGUCUCGCGCGGCAAGGAGCUCGUGCUGCAAUAUACCGGGGGCUCGCCCUGCGGCAAGAACAAGAAGAGGGAGGAACAGCAACAACGAAGACGGCCGGGGGCAAAGAGGAGCUCGGUCCAUGGGGGCGCUGCGUACAGAGACCCGGACUACGAACGCGAGGCUGAUGCGCCGUCGGCUACGGGCACUGGGUCCGCGAAGACCGCGAAAGAAACCGAUGAGCCGAAGAGGAGGAAGUCCGCUACUAUAUUCUUCAGCUGCGAUCGAGACCCCGGUGCGAGCACGGCUCAGGUCUCGUUCAUCGCGACGGAUCCGGAGGAGUGCUCGUAUGUCUUCAAGGUUAAGUCGCAGAAUGCCUGCGCGGGCGUCGAGCCGCAUAAGCCGGGGAGCGUGGGGCCCGGCUCGGUGUUCUUUAUAAUCUUCGCCAUCGCCGUCUUGGUGUAUCUGCUCGGUGGUAUAUUCUACCAGCGGACAGUGGCGAAUGCUCGAGGUUGGAAACAGUUGCCGAACUACUCGCUCUGGGCUAGCGUGUGGAGUCACAUAUGUGACUUCUUCGUCAUCGUCACUUCCUCUUGUGCUCGGUUCCUCCCAAACAGGAGAGGGUAUCAUUAUGUCUCAGGCUCACCGUCCGGAAGGGGGAGAAGUAGCCGCGAAGACGAGAAUAGGCUGAUUGAUCAGUACGAUGAGGAGUGGGAAGACUGAUUUUUCCUCAUCUACUUAAAUUCAUUACAAGCUUCUGUUUUGUUGUGUUACAUUUUCUCGCGUGUUGUUAUCAAAUUAGAAUUUUCAGCAC